UCCCUCCAUCAAUUUCCCAUUCGGCCUUCCUCCUUCACGCCUCCAGCACCGGCACCAACUCAGGAGCCACUAGCGGCAGCAACCCACCGGCACCAUCGCCCUUCACGAUGUUGAAUAUAUAUGAAAUAGUGGAAGAUCUUUUUGACCUAAUUGAAACCUGCUUCAAGUAAGGUUUAUCUACACUUUGUAAGUGUCGCAUCUGCUGAUCUGCAGUGCUACUCUGCUAUCGGCUUUUGAAUUUUUAUACCAGCAGCCUCAAGGUAUAACUUUUUCUCCCCACAGGGCACAGGGUGAAUGAAUUGCUGAAUUAUGUGCAAUAUUUCUAUCAUACACUCAUGCCUCUUGGCUACAGUAGCUUAGGUUGUCUGCUACUCCAGAAAUAUAAAAGUAGAACUGAUCCUGUUGAACCAUGCUCUAUUGUCUAUGUCCAUUCAACAAUAGGUGACCUAAGGUUAACCCAUUAGUGUAUUCCGUUGGGGAUCUCUAACUCUAUCAAAAUGCUGUAUUUCUAAAUUUGGUGUACUAUAGUAGUAUUCUCCCUGAGUAAUUUUGUGUUAAUAACUUUUUGUUUCAUUAAAUUGCUUUUGUAACUUAGUAACUAUCUUUGAUAUUUUAAUGAUUUUUGUAGGGCCUGGGACCUUAUUCAACAAGCAUAAAGAAAGUUGAAAAGGAAAUCAAGGAAAUGGCUAAAAAGAUUAAUGAUUUAUGUGGUAUAACGGAAUCUGACCCUGGCUUAGCUGCACCAAGCCAAUGGGAUUUGGUUUCUGAUAAGCAAAUGAUGCAAGAAGAGCAACCCCUUCAGGUGGUGAGAUGUACAAAAAUAAUCAGUCCUAAUACUGAAGAUGCAAAAUAUGUGAUAAAUGUCAAGCAAAUAGCAAAGUUUAUUGUUGGAUUUGGUGACAAAGUUUCACCAACUGAUAUUGAAGAGGGCAUGCGAGUUGGCGUUGAUCAGAAUAAAUAUCAAAUCCAGAUUCCUCUGCCUCCCCAAAUUGAUCCAAGUGUCACCAUGAUGACAGUUGGAAAAGCCUGAUGUGAACAUAUACUUUCUCAGGUCUAUUUGUAGAGCUUGUGCAUAGCAAUGAACUAUUUGUAGAGCUUAUAGUCUUUCUUGGUGUUGUCCUCCAAAAAUAUAGUCAACACAAGCAAGGUAUGAACUUUUAUGGUCCUGUUUUCACAUUUCUAUAUUAUUUGUAACUGUAUAUGUAUUAAGUGUUUCCAAUCUACUGAUCUUAAUUUCCAGAGAGCCGGUAGCCAUGAAAGUAGUGGCGUUGGGCUAGAUGACUUUGGUUUCAAUGAUGAUACACAAUCUCCUACGCAAGCGGAAUGGAAAUAAAGAUUCUAACUUCUUUUGUGAUGCUUAAUGUGAUGUAAGAAGUAUUUUGAUUUGUAAAGUAGCAUUUUAGAAUUAGAAACUAAUUUUUUUAGAGGUGGAUAUUAGAAUUGUGUAACUAAAUUUGCUAUUGAAAUGUAUAAUUUUUGAAGUGAUAUUGUAUUGUUAUGCAAUUAUUA